AAAUGAACAGAUGUUUUUAUAUUUUGAUCAAAAGUGAUGACUUUCUUAUCAAAUUUCUGCUUUUUUUUUAAAUAAAAAUUUUAUUUAAUAACCGCAAAAAGUAUGGAGAAAUUUGGAAGGGUGUUAAAAUUGAAAUCAACAUCAGCCCAUGACACUACCCAAUACAGAAAACUCCAGCAGGACAUAAUGGGUGACGACGACGAUGAUGAUCGUGAUAAUGGCGACGAUGACGACGACGAUGAUGUCGUUUUUCUUAGAAAAGGCAUAGAAUUCAAGCAACAGAAUGGCUAUGACGUAGAUAGGCACCGGCCCCAGCAUUUCAAGUACCAGCACAGGCCCAAAUUAGGGAAAAAUAAAUUAGUGAAAGAUAAAUUAGGGAAAGACAAAUUAGGAAAAGAUGCUGUUGAUGAUGAAGACGAUGACGAUGACGAUGUCACUUCUGCUACUACUGAUUUCAUAAUAAAGAGAGGUAUUUAUAAGAAGGGCUCAGAUGGGAUCCAGAUUAAAAGUGGAUUGAUGAAAAAUAGGAUCCUUACUAAGAAAAGAUUAUCAAUAAUCCUAAUCCUCUUCCUGUUGGUUUUCAUCAUCUCUCUCGUUUCGCUACUCCAUCACCGUCAUCGUCAUCACCACCAUCACGGCGCUGGUGGUGAUGACGAUGGCUGGAUGCAGGAAAUUUCAAAUUUUGAAUCGUCAUCAAACGUAAUUCUAUUCGAUGUUGAUGGAGACGGCGAACGUGACGUCAUCAUCAGCAUGACCUCUGACCUCAACCUGACCCGACACGACCUCUUUAGAAUGACCUUGACACAGAUAAACGGGAUGUGCAUGAAGAAGGACGGCCGACAGCCCUGUUUAGGUAGAUUAGUGGCAUUUCGUGGUUUUGAUGGGGGUUUUCUCUGGGAGACGACCACCAAUUACGGCCUGUCGAGACUAAGGUGCCUCCGUGUUGAUCUUGAUAACGAUGGAUUAGUGGACUGUCAUUUAUACGCAGGCCAUAUAAUCUGGACGUCAGCUAACAGCCCCCCUGAGCGCUCGGGCUGGUACAAUACCGGCCUGGAACCCGUAUUCGAUCUGACUCGAGACGGUAUCGACGAUUUCGUCCUGAUUCAAACGAAUACCGAAUAUCUCUUGGAUCCCUAUCCCAAAAUUGGGAAAGCCGUCAUUGGCAGUCGGGAUUUCGGGGGCGUAGGAGCCAAGCCGGAGGGCUCUGGCAGUGGAGAGACUCUCUCGCAGAGCGUGAUCAUGUUGAUUGACGGCUCUUCUGGCCGCCUCAUUGGUCAGCCCUUUAAACUAGGUCAAGGUCAGGUGUCCUUGUUCCCGCCCACUGUUUACAGCUUCAAGGACAAAUCUGUUUACGUUCUGUUCGGACUUGGUGGUCGAGGCAUGCCAGGCUCUUUAAGCGUUAUAUCAUUACCCGACCUAUAUAAGAACACUUCGUUAGUUAACUGGGCUAGAAAAAAGAUGACCCUAGAUGACCUGACCCAAUUUCCCGGUGGCUACAGCCAAUGGCAGGCGUUGAAACGUGAAGAAAACGGGGUCAUGCAUUUUUAUAAAAGUCUGACAGACGGAGUGAUAAACUCACCACUCAUUUUCGACUUCAACGACGAUGACGUGGACGAUAUUUUGAUGACGUCAUGUGACGGUCACGUGAUUUUAUUCAAUGGCGCCGAUGUCAAGGUCAUUUGGCAGAAAUAUUUCAGCGGACUUCACUCUGCAAGUAAACCGACUCCAGUACAUUUUAAUGAUGACAGAGUGGCAGACGUCUUUAUCAGUUUAUCAUCUGUUAAUGGUGCGAUAUCGCCUGACGGUGAUCUAGAUUUAAUACUAGAUGGUGUUAAUGGUAACAGUCUCUGGUCUAAAACAAUCGUUUCUCUAGUUACAGACGAAAAGAAAGGCAUCAGAGAGUUAGUGAUGUUUUGGUCUGGAAACAUUAUCACACUGGAUGAUGAUGACGAUGACCAACAACAUCAAGUUCUUGAGAUCGCCAAGACGACAAAUCCAGCUGACAACGGCAAUAAUAAAAGACGACAACAACAACAACAACAAUAA